AUCACAUUUUUUUUCUAAUUUACAAGAAAAAUAUCAUGCAAAAAUUAUGGAUGUGCUUAUUGAAUUUUUUAUUUAUAGGCGUGCACUCUGCAAGAUUUAACAACACGCCACAAGAUUUAACUUUAGGAGAACUUGGUGGUUCCGUAACUUUGCUUUGGCAGGUUACUACUACUCAGAUCGAAUUUAUAAGGUGGUUUAAAACCAAUAAAAAUAAUGAAAUUCUUCUAAACAUUAUGUACAAGUCUGGUAAUCAAAUUGAACCUAUUGUUGGAACUAACUAUAUUGGUCGUGUUUCUACUCCUGGGAGUGCUAUCUUGACCAUUAAUAAAUUGACAGCUUCAGAUGAGGGAUCUAUUGGGUGUAAUGUUGAUUUUACUGGAGGUCAAACAAUUUUAAGCAAAACUUACCUGGAAGUAGGAGACAGACCGCAAAAUACAUUAUUGUCAUUAGAAUCAACUCCGAUUGAAACAAAAGAGUUGCGUUUGACUUGUUCAACAUCAUCAAAGCCACCUGCUCUAAUUACUUGGUUCGAUAAAGAUGGGAAUGUCCUACAAAAUAAUUCCAGAUAUUUUAUAAGUGUACCAAUAUCAGUUAAAAAUAACUUUUACACAAAUGUCCAGACUACUCUUACAAUAAUAAAUAUUCAAAUAAAUGACACUGGAUUUUAUAAAUGUCUUGCAAAAAAUGAACUGGGUUUUCAAACCUUGAAUACUUCUGUUAUUGUGCAAUAUAAACCUAUAAAUACAGUUCUACAGUUGCAGUUUGGCACAUCUUUUGAAAAUGAUAUAAAUAAAUUAACUUGCACAACAUUUGCAUUUCCUUCACUUAUUUUUUACCAGUUUUAUUUUGAAAACACAUUAAUUCAAAACACAACAAACAAUGUCUAUGUUUUCAAUCCAGUAAAAAAUUAUUAUCAAGGACGGUAUAUAUGUAAACCAAAAAAUAUCAUUGGAGAUGGGGAUAGUGAUGUGCAAAUACUUACAGUUAAUGUAAAAGCUUAUAUAUUUGAUGGAACGGAUAGUAGCAUUACAGUUAAUGAAGGAGAUCCUGUGAGCUUAAUUUGUAACGCUUGUGGGAAACCUUCUCCUGAUGUAACAUGGACUACAGAUAGCAAUAGUAACAACACCUUAGACAUUAACACAUUUACAAAAUCACAAAAUGAAACUUUGUUUCAAAUUACGAGUGUAGUAAAUAUAAGGCCUACCACAAGAGCAAAUUUUGGAAACUAUAUUUGUUAUGCAAAAAAUACUUAUGGACAAGCUUCAUACAAUAUCACACUUAAUGUUCAAUACAUUCCGUACAUAUCAUAUAAUACUUUGGAUCAAGAAAACUUUUAUGCAAAAGAAGGUAGCAGUAAUUCUUUUACUUGCAGUGCAAUAGGUAACCCACAGCCAACAAUCAAAUGGUAUCGUGAUAAUGUUGAAAUAGUAAAAGGAAAGCACUCUAUUGUAAAUACAGUUGAUAGUGUAGCUAAUAACUUUGUCAAAGUGAGCAGUACAAUAAACUUAAAUGAUGUAUUAAAGUAUGAUGCUGGAGUGUUAAAGUGUGAAGCUAGUAAUGUUGUGGGUAAAGCUUCUAAAGAUACUAGUUUUAAUGUAUAUUAUAAACCAAUAAUAACAGCUCAGAUGAAUCCUGCAGUUUAUGUCAAUCUUGGGACAGGUUUAUCAUUAUCGUGCACUGCAAAUAGCAUUGAACAAUCAAAUUUUUAUUGGUUCAAAAAUGGAAAGCUUAUUUUAAACAACAUAGAUGGGAGUCAAAUAGUGGAAACAAAAGUUGGUAACAGUAUUGUUUCUUCUUAUCUGACAAUCAAUCCUAUUUUAAUUGAUGAUUCAAAUGUAGUCUUCAUGUGUCAAGCAAACAAUAGUUUGGGAAUGGAUAGUAGAAGCACUCUUGUUAGUGUAUAUUAUGGCCCAAAAAUUAUAAAGUUUCCAGAUCCUUUAAUUGUAAUCAGGGAACACACUUUCUACUCAAUAACUUGCAUAGCACAAGCAAAUCCAAAACCUACCAUUGUUUGGUUCAAAAAUGGUGACUUGAUAGUAUUUAAUGUAACUUCCUUCAGGUUGUUUGAAACUAUUAUUACCUCAAACAAUAUUGUCACAGUUAUAAACAGCACUAUAGCAUUCAUUAAUGUGAAAAGAGAAAAUUUUGGAAACUGGACUUGUCAAGCCAGUAAUAAUAUUGUUAACAGUUACAGUGUUGAUGUACAAACAACUAGAAUCACAGUCACAUAUCCUCCAGUUUUUGAGUUUUUAUCAUCAAAUCCAACUGUUGUUAAUGUCUCAAGUAAUGUUAUUUUGUUAUGUCGAGUGAAGGCUUCACCAAGACCAUAUGUUUGGUGGCAAACACCAUCUGGUAUUCUACCUGACCAAAGAUAUACCACUACAUUAUUAUAUGCAGCUGAUCAGUCUGAAUUUGGAUCUACUACUGCUGAACUAACCAUCUUGAGCAUAAAAAAUAAGGAAUAUGGGCAAUAUAUCUGCAUGGCAAAUAAUACAAUUGUUUUAAACUCUAUCUCUGUAAAACUGGUUGUUCAAUAUCCACCUACAGCAGUUUCAGAUUUUCAAAUUCCUUUACAAACCUAUCCAGAGUUUUCUAUUAAGUUCAUUCAAGUUGUUGUUGAUGCUAAUCCUCCUGCAAUUGUGGAAUGGUUUAUAUCGCGUGAUAAUGGUACUUCAUAUGUAAAAUUGACUAGAAAUAUUCAGACAACCCAAUUAAAUAUUGUACUUGAUUUUGAGUAUAAAGUUCAAAGUCAGUUUUAUUUUCCAUCUGGUAGCUUGCUAAGAACAGACCAAGCAUUUUACAAAGUGAAAAUAUCUCAUAUAUUUGGAGUAACAGAGUUGCUGACUUGGCUUGUUGUAUAUUGGACACCUCAAAUUGAAACACAAAUUGCUAAUUCACAAACAAUCAUGCUUAAUCAAAAGGUUUCUUUCAUAUGUCGUUUUUUCAGUAACCCAAUGAGUCAAAUCAAUUGGUUCAAAGAUAAUGUUCUUGUUACCGAUGUUGGUUAUUUGACGACUCCAUUGAAAGUUAAUUUAUCAAUGACAUUAAGUGAGAGCACAUUUACAUUAUUGAAUGUAUUAAAAAGUGACAAAGCUAAUUAUUCAUGUAACGCAACCAAUACUGUUGGUUCAGCAACAAUGUGGCAUUACUUAGAUGUGCUUUAUCCGCCAAAGUUAAUAGCCACAUCUUCUACGAUUUUUGUGAAUUUAGGAAGCGAUUUUUCACUAAGCUGUGAAGCAGAUGCAAAUCCUCCAGUCAAUCAAUACAAUUGGAAAAGGAUGAAUGAAUCUUUAGAUUUUAACAAAGAAAUUUAUGUAACAAAUGCACAACAAAAUACUGAUGGCAGUUAUUCAUGUGUGCCAGAAAAUAGCAUUGGAUAUGCUGACACAGUGUUUUAUUGGGUUUUUAUAAUUAUUCCACCAAAAUUUACUUUACCGGCAACAUGUGUGAAAUUCACUAAUACUUACAGUUGUAACUGCCAAGGUGAUGGUUUUCCUACUCCAGAAGCAUACUGGACAAAAUAUCAAAGUGGCGAAAUUAUUAUCAAUGGGACAUCUUUAAAUGUUACUUCAAGUCCAUCAAAUGAUGGGACAUAUGUUUGCCACUUGAAGUUGUUUAACUACGAAAUAACAACAUAUUUUCAAAUUGCUGAUUUUACACCAAUUUAUGGCGUUUGGAGCCAGUGGAGUGCCUGUAAUGCCACUUGUCGCAAAGGUAUUUCAAUACGCAAUAGAGUAUGUAUUUUGCUACCUUGUACUGACCAACUUGUAGAAACAGAAGCUUGCUCAGGAAAAUGUCCAGCUCCACUGACACCAGAGAGUGUUAAUUGGAAUUAUGCAUUGUUUGCAUUAAUACCAGGUGUUCUUCUCUUAGUAUUGGGAAUUAUUUGGAUUGUUCGAAAAACUAGGACCAGAAAUUCAAUAGAUCAUCAAACAUAAAAUUAAUGGGUGGUGUGUUUAUUCGCUGUAUUGUGGAUAAUAAAAAAUGAAAAGAAGACGUUGAAUAAGUUUGAUGAGUUUGAAUAAGUUUGAUGGAAAUUUUGAAAGUUAAAGUUUGGACCGAAAUCUUGUGUUAAAUUAGAUAUGUUUACUUUAACGAAGCUGACAAUCGAUGGCAAUUCCAGACGAACGACGAUUUCAAUAAUUUCUUACAUAAUAUGAUAUUGCAUAUUAUAUAAUAAGACGAACUGCUCUUUCAUUGGCUUGGAUCAGCCUCAACAAUAAAAAUCUAAUUUAUCAAUUUCAUUAGUUUAAUCAAUAUUAUUAUAUUUUUUUUGGUUACUCAUAAAAUAAUCAUUAACUAUUUAGAUAA